GGCAGAUACUCCUCCCAAUCUGCAGCUAGGGCUCAUCUUCAACCAUGACAAGAUCUCUCUUCUUACUUCCCUACAGUUGAUUCUUUGAUAGCACAAGUGGCUCGGUCGCGACUUCCUCACAGCGACUCGCUCUUUCUGAUCGAGACAACAACCAUUUUGGUAACUUGCGAUGACGUCGGCAGGUGCCCCUCAGUUCAGUCGCGCCCUUUCAGAAAGCCUGCCUGAAGAUUUGCACAGUGGCUCCAGCAGCGAGGAUGAAUACAAUCGCAAAAUCGAGGUCGUUUUUGAAAACGAUGGCGCCCGUCGACGGAAAUCUUCCUUUGUCCUUGCCGAAACGCCAGCGACCGAAAAACCUCCCCGUCGACAUGUCGACCGAACCUCGUCGCAAUGCCUAGUGCAUAGUAUGGUCGAGAAGACCUUCCUCGGUCUGCAGCCAAAAGUCGAAUCCAAACUAGAACAGAUUGAUGAGAAUGAAACUACAAGAGUAUCUUCGCGCAACGGACAAGUCGUACCCAGAGACGAGGUCAGAGCGACCCAGUCCCGGUUACUCACCAAGAAGCAGCUGAGCGACAUGGCUCUCAGUGUUCGCUCAAUGGCAAAGAGGUUGGGCAAUCUCAAAGUCAAGCUCAAGAUCCGUUCGGUAUUCCUUCUCACUAAGGCCCAUGACAAGACUUUGAUCGGCAAGACAAGAGACGUUGCAAGAUGGCUCCUCUCGAAGGAUAGGUCUGUUCCAUAUAUUGUCUAUGUCGAGGACACCAUGAAAGACAACAAAGUUUUCGACGCAAACAGUCUUACCGCCGAAGACCCUUCAUACACUGAGAGAUUGAAGUACUGGGACAAUGAUCUGGCCAAGAAACACCCUCACUUGUUCGAUUUCGUGGUCACCUUGGGGGGAGAUGGGACCGUGUUGUAUGCGAGUUGGUUGUUUCAGAGAGUCGUCCCGCCCGUCUUGUCAUUUGCUCUCGGCUCCCUAGGGUUCUUGACCAAGUUUGACUUCAACGACUACCAAAACACCCUGACACAGGCAUUUAGGGAUGGUGUCACCAUUAGCCUGAGGCUACGUUUUGAAGGGACAGUUAUGCGAUCUCACAAGAGAGAUGAUGAUGAAGAGAAAGACUUGGUGGAAGAGUUGAUCGGAGAAGAGGCCGAUGACCGAAAGACUCACAAGCCGGAUCGGAAUUUUGAGAUUCUUAAUGACAUCGUAGUCGACCGCGGCCCAAAUCCAACCAUGUCUACCAUUGAACUAUUUGGCGACGAAGAGCACUUGACCACUGUUCAAGCAGACGGAAUAUGUGUGGCCACACCAACUGGCUCCACCGCUUACAACCUCGCAGCUGGUGGCUCGUUAUGUCACCCUGAAAAUCCUGUCAUCUUGGUCACUGCGAUCUGUGCUCACACCCUCUCUUUCCGACCGAUUAUCCUUCCAGACACCAUUGUUCUCAGGUUGGGCGUUCCGUACGAUGCAAGAGCUAACUCCUGGGCCAGUUUUGACGGACGGGAAAGAAUCGAGCUAUUCCCUGGCGACUAUGUGACGAUUUCUGCGUCCAGAUAUCCCUUUGCCAAUGUAAUGCCGCCAGGCCGCCGUAGUGAGGACUGGGUCAACAGUAUCUCGAGAACUCUCCAGUGGAACUCGAGACAACGACAGAAGGCUUUCCAGGAAUGGGAUGAAGGCGCUAAAGACAAAAAGAUUGCAAGGAGAGAUCAGCAAAAACGAGAACAAGUGGCCAAGGAGGCGAAAGAGACCAAACAGGACUACUUUGGCGCUGAGGCACAAGAUGAGGCAGGUGUGUGGCAAGACAAUAACAGCGGUAGUUGAUCGCUACUUGAGAAAGCCUUGAGAAGCGAGCUGCUUUUUGCUAUCUCCCGAAUCAUGAAAAUGAAUAGAAUAUAUAUGUAAGGAAGAACGAGG